AUGGGUAAGAACCUCGUCUCCGCUGAUAGUAACGGGUACUCGGAUCCGUAUGUUGUAAUUGCGGUGGCUGGGGAGGAGAAGAAGAACUUCAAGAAGACCGCCACCAUCAAGAAGACCUUGAACCCGGUCUGGAAUGAGUCGUUCGAGUUCGAGCUGGGCUCCACGCCCACCCACCGCCAGGUCACCUUCCACGUCUACGAUUGGGACAUGCUCUCGUCAGACGACUCGCUGGGCAACAUCAGCCUGCCGGUGGACGAUCUGUACAUAGGAGUGGAGAAGCAAGAGUGGCACACUCUCUACAACGUCGACCACGGCCAAAUUAACGUGGCCUUGACUGCGCUCGACUUUGGGCUCGAGCGAGAAGGAGGCGAGGAGGAGUACGAGCAGGGCUACCCGCCACGGGAUUCCGCUCCGGCGCCGCAGGACUACCAUUCCUCCUCCUCAUCCUCCUCUUCCUUCAGCAGCAGCGGCACACAUUCUCCAUCGGUUUCUCGAGUCAAGGGGGACGGUUUCAUGACCAAGAGCGGCAAGGCGAGCUUGAAAGCAGGCAAGGCGGGCCUGAAAGCUGGCGCGGGCGCUGCCAAGGUCACCGGCAAGGCCGCCGGCACCUUCUUCAAGGGCGUCGGCACCGUUCUCUCCGUUGUCGAGAUCUUCAGCGAUGAUUGA